UCUGCCUGUCUCCUCUGGUAGGUUCCACAAUGGUACAGCCAGCAUCACGCUGCACAAUGGUUUCCAGGCAGUGAAAGAGCGUGAUUCAGCAAGCCACUCUUCCCCCCCUCCCCUUUUAUUUCAUUAUUAUCAGACAUUUUGCCUCCCCCUUUUCUGUUCUCUUCUACCCUCUUCCCCAGGCUUUUAUUCAGUUCUUUAAAGGAAAACGGUGAUUUCCCUUGAAACCAACUGCCCAUUUUUUUUUUUCUUUUCCUUUUUUUUCCUUUUUUCCCCCCCUCUCUAUUGUUAUAAAUAGCCCAUUUUUUUCCUCGGCACUGUUUGGAAUGUGAUUUUAAAAUACCACCUAAAGUCGCAGUUUGGGGAAAAGGUUUCUGGACGAGGAGAGUAGCUGGCGAGCAAGGAAUGGGCUAGUAUUAGAAACCUGUACCAACAGCAGGCCAGACUCAAAUAUCAGCUAUGGCAACCCAUGCAUGAAGUUGAUGCCUUUGAACUAUUUCCUAUAGAUGAGACAUAGCACAUGCUGUGCUGUCUUCCACUGGGACAGAGGUGGAACUGGGACAGACCGCGUGUGCUGAGCAGUGCUCCCCAGAUCUGCAGCUCUCCCCAGGAAGACCAGAGAACAAUUGCAAGUGUGUCACCUGGACAAAAUGUAAAACUUCGCUGUCAGACUGUCCUAUCCCUGGUAUUUAUGAGCCGCCAUUUCUUGUAUUAUUUUGGUGAACCUACUCUGGAUGUGAAGAUUGCCUUUUGUCAGGGAUUUGGGAAACAAGUGGAUGUGUCAUAUAUUGCCAAACAUUACAACAUGAGCAAAAGCAAAGUUGACAACCAGUUCUACAGCGUGGAAGUAGGUGACUCGACCUUCACAGUCCUCAAACGCUACCAGAACUUGAAACCUAUUGGCUCUGGGGCUCAGGGAAUAGUUUGUGCUGCAUAUGAUGCCGUCCUUGACAGAAACGUGGCCAUUAAGAAGCUCAGCAGACCGUUUCAGAACCAAACUCAUGCCAAGAGAGCUUACAGGGAGCUGGUCCUCAUGAAGUGUGUGAAUCAUAAAAAUAUUAUAAGUUUAUUAAAUGUCUUCACACCACAGAAAUCUCUGGAGGAGUUCCAGGAUGUCUACCUGGUAAUGGAAUUAAUGGAUGCCAACCUGUGCCAGGUCAUUCAGAUGGAGCUGGACCAUGAGCGAAUGUCUUACCUUCUGUACCAAAUGCUCUGUGGAAUCAAGCAUCUUCACUCUGCAGGGAUUAUUCACAGGGAUUUAAAACCAAGUAACAUUGUAGUAAAAUCUGACUGCACGUUGAAGAUUCUGGAUUUUGGACUGGCCAGGACUGCAGGCACUAGCUUCAUGAUGACCCCCUAUGUGGUGACACGUUACUACAGAGCACCGGAGGUCAUCCUGGGAAUGGGCUACAAGGAGAACGUGGAUAUAUGGUCUGUGGGAUGCAUUAUGGGAGAAAUGGUUCGCCACAAAAUCCUCUUUCCAGGAAGGGACUAUAUUGAUCAGUGGAAUAAAGUUAUUGAGCAGCUGGGAACACCGUGUCCAGAAUUCAUGAAGAAGCUGCAGCCAACAGUACGGAACUACGUCGAGAACAGACCCAAGUACGCUGGCCUCACGUUCCCCAAACUUUUUCCAGACUCUCUCUUCCCAGCAGACUCAGAACACAACAAACUCAAAGCCAGCCAAGCCAGGGACCUCUUAUCAAAGAUGCUGGUCAUUGACCCGGCCAAGAGGAUAUCAGUAGAUGAAGCCUUACAGCAUCCAUACAUUAACGUCUGGUACGACCCAGCAGAGGUGGAGGCGCCUCCUCCUCAGAUAUAUGAUAAACAGCUGGAUGAAAGGGAACAUACAAUCGAGGAAUGGAAAGAACUCAUCUACAAAGAAGUAAUGAAUUCUGAAGAAAAGACUAAAAAUGGCGUAGUAAAAGGACAGCCUUCUCCUUCAGCACAGGUGCAGCAGUGAACAGCAGUGAGAGCCUCCCUCCAUCCUCAUCUGUCAACGACAUCUCAUCCAUGUCCACGGAUCAAACCCUGGCGUCUGACACGGACAGCAGCCUGGAAGCUUCUGCGGGACCCCUCGGUUGUUGCAGGUGACUAGCCGCCUGCCUGCGAAACCCAGCGUUCUUCAGAGGAUGAUGGAACCUAGGAGGAAAAAAUGAUGGGAGCUAAGAGAUGAAAACAAAGAGAAAUAAAACACAGAGAUUUAAGUGAAACAAACAAAGAAACAAACAAACAAACAAAAAAAUCUUUUCAGCCUGCUUCUCCUACAGAGUUAUGUAAUGCAGCUAAGCUCAAGUGUGUAUUUAACUUAUAGUUGCUCUGCUUUGGUCUUCUUCCAGUGAUGCUUACUGGGGGGCAAAAGGAAAAAAGGAACUGAAAAAAUCCUUUUUUUACCCCUCUCCCCACAAGAUGUAAAAUGAAUGGCUGCAAAACCAGCAACCUGCAACUGUCUUUUUCACACUGGCAUGACAAGGUGUGCAGUAGCCACGCUCCACCAUCUGAGUGUGUGUCUGCCUUCACUGUCUGCUCUGCCAUCUGCCCAGUGAGGCAGGCAGGGAUCUCCAUGCAUUUUUUCCUCACACACAUACACACAUGUGCCAACAGAAUCCUGGCAGUGCAUGCAGCUGUGUGCCUGCACAUCUGCACAGGCACUUAGUGUGCACUCCACGACUAUAAAUGGCCCAUUCCAGGGGAACUGCUUAACUACAUAUGGGAUCUUACAGUACAAAUUCUAUCCGUUUGCUCCUUGAUGAGGUUACAUAUGAGGACUUGUGGAAGUGUAAAUAACCACACAGAACUGUGGCUCCCUCAGACACUUGAAGAUGUAGCACCAAAUUUCUGCUGAGAGUUGUAUAUAUAUUUUGAAAUAAUAAUCAGUUUUAUUGAAAGAAGAAGCCACUGAGCUUCAUAGAAAAAAUGCUAGUUUGUGAAUGUUAAGACUUGUUGUUCUGAUUUUUAGAGCAGAUAUGCCAAGAUAAGACUGGGUUAGAAGGAAGCACAUGUAUCUUUGCAAGUUACAGGGAACAAGAGUGAAGGGGUUUUAUGCAUGUCUAAGCCCAGAAAGGUAUCAGUAAGCAGCUUUUUCUGUCAAUGUGAAGUGAGUUAUCAUCUUAGGGCAUAGAUAAGCUCGCUAUUUUGAAGCACAUGUAUGUUUGUAAAUUAGAGGGUAUGACAGGGUUGGGGAAUAAGCAGACUGUGAUCAAAAGGACAUGCACCAACUUGUUUUUAUUUUAUGUCUUGAUCUUUAUUAGGUUAGCUAGAGAAAGGAUAUUUGAAGCUCACUCCCUCUCAGUGUGUGUUUGCAGCUCAGAGGUUGUUUUCCCUUUUCAUCAUUCCCUAGCAGGCACUUCUGCUACUCAGGCAUUCUCUGGGUGCUUUUGGCUCUUCAUUUCCUCAUGACAAAUCAGUGGACUCCCCAGGAAGUUUUAGCAUCUGUGUUGCGCAGAAAAGAACCACAGAGUGCAUGGGUCUAGUUUCCCUACAUUCUAACAGCCAAGUUAUCAAUCAGCUCGUGUGUUGGCCUGGAAGGGUCACAGCCAGGGGUCUUGGGCAGUUUGGACAAGUUCUGAAGAACCCAACAGUGACUGAAUAUCAAAUUGAAUUUGCCAUGUAAUAAAGCAGAGGAUUUCCCGUGGUAAGUAACAGCAAGAAUGACAAAAUUCCACACAAAAUUUCAGAACCGUUGAAUUUUUUUUUUCCAGCCAAAACAGCAAUUGGCAUUUUCCACAGCAAGGUCAUCAUUUAUCUGAGUUGGAAAUUAACCAAACUCCAAGUCAUCUGUCCUUUUACCAAAGUGUGCCAUGUAAACUGAAAUGAGCUAAAUCCUACUCUAAUGCUUUUCCAAGUGCCAGAGAGAGAAACUGUUUAGACUAUGUUAGUGGAUAUUUUAAAUUCACUAACUCUCUAGUAUUCAAAACUCUACCAAAAUAGGGCUGCUCCAUUGGGUGGCUUACAAGCCUGCCAUUCUGUGGUAGAAUAAAAAAAUAGUAUCAAAUCAGAUUUUUUUUGAAGGGAAGAAAGAGAAGGAAAAAACUUCUCUCCAGGGUGAGGAGGAGGGGAGAUGAAAAUGAAGAGGAUAUAAAAUAAAAUCAGACUUGGUAGAUCUGACCUGUAUCAGAAUUGCUAUAAGAAGUGGGGGUCUUUCCCUGGUUAUAUUUUUGGUAGAUUUUUAUCAAAUUGUUUUUGGAGAGUAAAAUUAGGUUGUUAAUGUUCUAAAAACUCAGAGCAGUAAUUUUAAAAGCAAUAAUUUACUACUGCUAAAUAUAUUUAGCAAUAUUCUCUCUUAAGCCAUGAAACAUCAGGUCAUUAUUGAGUGAUGUAACUCUCACUCCAAAGCCAAUGAUCAUAAAAGUAUUGAAAGGUUAACAGCAAAGCUCUGUAGGUAUGUAGGCAAUAACACCAAGGGUGACUUCUUAGCAAUAAUUAAAUAUAUCACCUCCAGAUUUAAUUCACCAUAGAUACAUAUUAAUAAUAUUCAGGUAACUAGUAUCUACUUUACAUUCCUUAGUGUGCACCAUUCGGGUGUGUUAUUUAAGCAAAGCUAAACUAAGUCUCAUUGAGGCAAAACUGCAAAAAUAUCACCAGUGUAGACUGUAGAAACUUGGAGUAAUCCCAGUUCAUUGCCAGUGAUGUUAUGGAGAUGUGGCAUAGGCAACAGCAAAGAAGCCAUUUAGAGUAGAUGGAGACUUGUAGACCUCCCAUGUUUCAUCUCUAGAAGGCAAAUCUGUGCUCUUAGUCUCAUGGUAUAAUUCAGUCCUGUUUGGGUUCAUAUGUGCAGGGUGGAGAAGCAGUCACCAGAGAAGGUGUCCUUAGGUGAGUGCUGAAUGGACUCACAACACAGGAGUUACAUGAUCAGCUUUAUUCCCUGAUUCUGCUAAGCACCAGGGCUUGUUCAAACAUCUCAUGGAGACUGUAGGAUGCUUACAAAAAAUUAACUAGCGUGUGCUUUUGUCCUUUGCUCAGCAGUGAUCGACAUCAGCAUGUGCUUAAGUGCCUUGCUGAAAUGGGGCCUGAAAGAAUUACUGCAUCUCUUUUUGUCCUCAAAUCAGUCUCCUUCAUGAGAAGCUCUGUCUGGGGUAGGAGACAGAGCUGUCCACAUUGGACACUAGAAAAAAAAAGCCAUCAAUGAAGAAAAGCAUUAGUUCUGUAAAGUUCUGGUCCUUGUGUGUCCAAACUGAAGCAGCAGGAAUAGCAUCCUUUGUUUUGCUUUGUGCCAGGAAUUCAGUGCUGUCAGCUGAUACCUUACAAUAACAGAUGUACUCUUGAAUAAAGGAUCAUGGUGAGGAUGUUCUGAGGAUGUUUUAAGGGAAACCACUUUUUUAUUUUCUGAUUCUAGAAGUUUUGAUACCAUCCUCUUAAAGUCUGCUCCCCAUUAUUCCAAAAUUAUAUUCAGCUUGAUAAGGAUAGAUUCUUUCCUUAAUUUUGCCAUUGAUCUUUUAAACCUGCUUGUGCUUAACACGUUACUAAAUGUAGUACUUUGGCAACAAUUUUCACUUAAUUCUCUGAGGUUUGCAGUUGUAAGCAUCACUGCCACCAGUGCAGAAGUGAAGGAAACUGGGAAGCCAAAGAUCUGUGACAGAUGUUCCAAGGUAUUUAGGCACCAUAGGAGGCAAUCAGUGAGCCUGUGCCAGAAGUGGCAUAAUUUACAUCAUCCUGAAUGGCAGCUGGACACCUUGGCAUUUCUGAAAAUAUGCCUUAGAGCCUCUUGGUGUCGUAAGUGCCUCAAUACCCAAGGAAAUUCUGUUCCAAGUGGCUCACCUAAGUCAUGUAUAUAGACAACAGCAGGGUGAGGAGAAUGGCACGAGCAUUAUCUGUCGGUGACUGCUCAGAGCACUAGCUGCAUUGAGAUGGUAGAGAGGAAAACUGCUGCAAAACAUCCCUGCUUUUUUUUUUUCUCAGAUGGAGAAUUUUGGGAUAGUAUGAGGGAAAAAAAAAAGUCAGAACAGUUCUUAAAAGACCGUCCUUCUAUUUUCUUUCUCACUGCUGAGGUUAAACAAGGAUGAGGCAUUGAUUUAUUACAAGUUGAUGUAAGGUUAUGUAUGUUUUCAAUCCAAAAUUUUGGUAAUUUUUGAAAACAGUCUUCAGAUACUGACUUGAUAGCUGCAAUAGUAUUUUGUGAGCUUUGACUGUAUUCCAUUAGAAUAUAUCUUCAGAGAGUUCAGAUAUUUGAGUUGAUCACUGUGAUUUAUGCGAAUUGUAUUGUGGUUGAUGUUCCCCUCUCCCAUCUAGAAUUCCACAGCACAAAGAAAUUCAUGUAUCAUAGCAAGUUUGUAUUACAUAAAACAGAUUGAAAUUCGAGUGCAAAUAUGGCAGUGUGUAAAAAAAAAAAAAAAAAAAAAAACAAAAAACCCAAGCAGCAAAGCUACAGAAAGCCUGAUCAGGUUUUCUAAGCCCUAAUGCACUGAUGGUUUUCCUCUGGAAAUCACCAGUUCCUGCAAAGCAUUGGCUUCUGAAGGUUACACAAGACAGAUGAUCAUGUCACUCUUCCAAAUAUAUAAGCAAUUUGGUUCAUAUACAUUCCUUUAUCUUCAUAGAUAUUGCUUUACUUUCUAAUUCUGGGAUAACAGUACUGAAGAAAUGAGACCUGAUGCAGUGCCUUUUGGGAGUUUCCCAAAGUAGUACUACUUAACUGAUUUGGAUUGUUUUCUAAACUUGUCAGUGAGCACCAGUGAUUUCUUUUCCACCAAUUUAUUUUCUCAUGAAAAACAUGCUAAUAGUAACUUUUAGUACUGCCUGAGAGAGUUACUUUUAGAAAAUCUCCCAAAAAGUGUUUUGA